AACCAACUUUCUGGUCCCAUUCCUAGUGAGUUGGGAAAUCUGCAAAAACUCACUGAUUUGAGAUUAUCCCGUAAUCAGCUUAGUAGUUCAAUUCCAAUUACUCUAGGUGAUUUAACUUGGCUCAAAAUUUUGUUUAUUAUUUCUAAUCAACUUUCUGAUCCCAUUCCUAGUGAGUUGGGGAAUCUGAAAAACCUCUCCAAGCUGUCUUUAACCGAAAAUCAACUUAGUGGUUCAAUUCUAAUUACUCUAGGUGACUUAACUGAGCUCAAAAUUUUGUAUCUUCAUUCUAACCAACUUUCUGGUCCCAUUCCUAGUGAGUUGGGGAAUAUGAAAAACCUUACUGAGUUGUCUUUAUCCGAAAAUCAACUUUCUGGGUCCAUUCCGAAAGGGCUUGCAUAUUUGAAUAACUUGAGACUGAUAGUAUUGGGUGGAAAUGAGUUUUCAGGCCAUUUGCCAGAGCAGCUUUGUCGAGGUGGGAAGCUUGAGAUCUUCACGGUAGAAAGCAACAAGCUAACAGGGCCAAUACCAAGUAGCUUGAGGAAGUGCUCUAGUUUCAAAAGGGUUCGCUUUGAUAACAAUAGUUUCACUGGGAAUUUAUCUGAAGCUUUUGGCAUCUAUCCAAAGCUUUAUUCCAUUGAUUUGAGUGACAAUGAUUUUCAUGGUGAACUCAGCAGCAAUUGGGGGAAAUGCACGAAUUUGACUAAUAUGCAGGUAGCCAGAAAUAACAUUAGUGGUAGCAUACCACCAGAGAUUGGAAAUGUCAAAGGACUUCUAGGACUUGAUCUUUCAUCGAAUCAUUUGAUUGGGCAGAUUCCUAAGGAAAUUGGAGAUUUAACCUCUCUGGUUAAGCUUUUUGUGCAAAACAACAACAUUUCUGGCAAUAUACCUGGGGAACUUAGGUCACUGACAAAAUUAGAGUCCCUUGAUCUAUCAAGCAAUAGAUUGAAUGGGUCGAUCCCAAUUUUUGUAGGAGAUUACGUGCACUUGUUUCAGUUGAACCUGAGUAACAACAAAUUUGGGCAGAAAAUUCCAAUCGAGAUAGGGAGGAUAACUCAGCUUAAUGCACUUGAUUUGAGCUAUAAUCAUCUUGUUGGAGAAAUACCCCCUUAUCUAGCCGAUUUGAAGAGCUUGGUAAGCUUAAAUCUUUCCCAGAAUGUCCUCUCUGGCCGCAUUCCUGAAGAACUUAAAAGUUUGACUGGUUUGGAGGAUGUCGUGUUAUCAUACAAUGAGUUGGAAGGUCCAAUCCCUAAUAAUAAAGCUUUUAUCAAUGCCUCAUUAGAGGGUAAUAAAGGUCUUUGCGGAAAUGUAACAGGACUCCAGCCCUGCGAAAGGCUAUCUUCUGGGGUGAAGAAGCAAUCAGUGGCGAAGAGACGUAAACUCAUCCUCAUCACUGUACUUCCUGUUAUGGGAGCACUAGUACUACUCUAUGCUUUAAUUGGUGUUCUCUCUAUGUGUGAUAAAAGAAGGAAAGUUAGAGACGUUGAAAGACGUGAUGAUGGUUGGAUUUCGAUAUCCAUGUUAGAUGGAAAGGCAUUAUACAGAGAUAUCUUAAAAGCCACAGAGGAGUUUGAUGCAACAUUUUGCAUCGGGCAAGGAGGGUAUGGAAGCGUUUACAAGGUAAACCUUCCAUCAUUAGGGAAUAUAGCUGUGAAGAGACUUCAUUCUUCAUUUGAUAAUACACAUCCCAACAGCUUUAUGAAUGAAGUAAGGGCAUUGAUUGGGAUUAAGCACCAGAACAUCGUGAACCUCUACGGCUAUUGUUCGAAUGCAAAAAACUCGUUGUUGGUUUACGAGUAUGUGGAGAGGGGGAGUUUAUCUAGUAUUUUGAGCAAUGAAGUUGAGUCCAAGAAAUUGGAUUGGCUUAAAAGGGUGAAUAUCAUCAAGGGUGUUGCUUUUGCUUUAUCUUAUAUGCACCAGGAUUGCUCACCACCGAUUGUUCAUCGUGACAUAUCAAGCAGUAAUGUUUUGCUUGAUUCCGAGUAUGAAGCUCGUGUUUCAGAUUUUGGCAUAGCUAAGCUUCUCAAGCCAGACUCAUCUAAUUGCACUGCACUUGCAGGCACAUAUGGAUAUGUUGCACCUGAGCUUGCAUAUACAAUGAAGGUUACACAAAUGUGUGAUGUCUAUAGCUUUGGAGUAUUAGCAUUGGAGAUAAUCAAAGGAAAGCAUCUUGGGGAAUACAUUACUGUGCUAGCAAAUUCGUCGACUAAAGAUCAUGUGCAGCUUAGCGAUUUGCUAGACAAACGACUUCCGUAUCCUGAAGAUAGAGUAAAAGAGGUUUUGGUUUUUAUCAUCAAGCUAGCAAGUUCUUGUUUGCUUGAAACUCCAAAAUCAAGGUCAACAAUGCACUUCAUCUCUAAUAGGUUAUCAUCAAUGAAUCCACGUCCACCUACUCAUGUAAGGAGACCUAUUUAAUCCCUGAGAUGUGAGGUGUCUUUGUAUGAAAAUGAACAAACUUUGAAACCAAGUGGCUGUGAAGUAAGUUAUUUGAUGAGACAGUCCAUGCC